CGCCGUUAAUCAUGGCGGGUGAGGCGGAGGCGGCGCGGUUGAGCGCCGAGAUCGGGCGGCGGGAGCAGGAGCUACGCGGCUUGCGCGAGCGGUUGGCGGCUGUCUUGGCGGAGGGUGCUACCCCCGCCGCCCUGGAGGAGGGCGAGAGCGUCGCCGCCUUCCCCGGCGAGCUGCCCCCCCUGUCCGCCCCGGCCUCCCUGACCCCCGCCGCCAUCCUGCGGUACAGCCGGCAGCUGGUGCUGCCCGAGCUGGGCGUGCGGGGGCAGCUGCUCCUGGCCCGCUCCUCCGUGCUGGUGGUGGGCUGCGGCGGGCUCGGCUGCCCCCUGGCCCAGUACCUGGCGGCGGCGGGCGUGGGCCGCCUGGGUCUGGUGGAUCACGACGUGGUGGAGACGAGCAACCUGCACCGGCAGGUGCUGCACGGGGAGGCCCGCCGGGGGCUCCCCAAGGCCGUGUCUGCUGCGGCAGCCCUGCGGCUGCUCAACUCCACCGUCCAGUACGUGCCCUACUGUGGGGCCCUGAGCCCUCGCACCGCCCUGGAGCUGGUGCAGCAGUAUGAUAUCGUCGCCGACUGCUCCGACAAUGUCCCCACCAGGUACUUGGUGAACGAUGCCUGUGUCCUGGCUGGGAAACCCCUGGUGUCUGCCAGUGCCCUCCGCCUGGAGGGGCAGUUGGUUGUGUACAACUACCAGGGAGGGCCCUGCUAUAGGUGUCUCUUCCCUAAGCCCCCUCCGCCAGAGACUGUGACAAACUGUGCGGAUGGCGGAGUGCUGGGUGUUGUGCCGGGCAUCAUGGGGUGCAUCCAGGCCUUGGAAGUACUGAAAAUUGCUUCGGGAAUGGGUUCUUCAUUCAACCACUUCAUGCUGAUGUUUGAUGCCCAUGAAGGGAGAUUUCGCAACAUCAAGUUAAGACCAAAGAAACCAGACUGUGCUGUUUGUAGUGACAAUCCGUCUGUCACGUCUCUUCAGGAUUAUGAGGCAUUUUGUGGUUCUUCUGCAACAGACAAGUGUAGGACAUUACAUCUGCUGUCCAGUAAGGACAGGAUAUCUGUAGAGGAAUACAAAAAACUGUUGGAUGAACAAGUUCCUCAUGUAUUGUUAGAUGUUCGUCCGCAGGUAGAAGUGGAUAUCUGUCGCCUGGUACAUGCUGUCCACGUCCCUUUGAGUAAAUUAGAAGAAAAAGAUGAAGAAUAUCUGGACUAUCUAGAGAAAAGAAUUUGUGAAGAAAAACAGAGAACUAAUGGCCAGACAUCUUUUCCUGUGUAUGUUGUUUGCAAAUUAGGAAAUGACUCUCAGAAGGCCGUGAGAAUUCUGCAGGAGUUACCUGUUAAAGAAUUUGGUUCUGUGUUAGCUAAGGAUAUUAAAGGGGGACUCAUGGCCUGGGCCAGUAAAAUUGACCCAGCAUUUCCUCAGUACUAAAAUUUUUCAUGGUGAAAAAAAUACAAAUAGUAAAUCCUAAAGUCUUUCUUCUUCUCUGUGUGAUGACUGUAUCAUGGAUAAAACAGGAGAUGGAAAUACCAUGUUGCUUUUUUCAAGGAUAAUUUCUUUUUUUAAAAAAAAUAAAUGUAUUUUUAUAGAUUGCUGGUUGUUUUUAUAAAAAUGUGAGAGUGUCUCUGGAAACUGAAAUUGUGUUUCUUAGUUAUUGCUUGAUAGUGAAAACACGGAAUAACUACUGAAUUGCGCAUGUGGUAAUUGAGAAUGACUCCUGAUUAGUCACGAUAGCCUGGAGAAUCACAAAGAACAGAAGUUGAAGUAUUAAAAGUUCUUGCUCAUUCUCCUAUCUGCCUAAUAAAUUUAAAUUGCAUGAUUGAAAAAAAAUAGCUAAUGGUUAUUCUCUAGCUGGCCAGUAGCACUAUCAAACCUGUCCUGGGGAAUUGCCAAAACUAUACUGACAAGACUGUUUUGGUCAACUUCUUUUAGUUCUCCCUAGAAGCGCUGUGUAUCUAGGAAAGAAAACUGCUCACUGCAAAUAACAGAACGCGUCAUUGUGCGUGAUGUUAAGAGCUUCCAGGGCCAUCCAUCCUCAUUUGUUUGCUGCCAAAAAAGUGUGUUGCUUGACUUGUAUAGAGAAACUGAGGUUAAAUGUUAAUAAACUGUAAGUUGGAGCCCAGAAAAACAGAAAAAUGCUUUUGUGAGGGCUUAGAAGUUUUCAGAGCUUGAGAACUAAAGAGGAGAUGAAGGAGGAAACAACAGAUAUGUGGCCUCCCUUCUGCAAGUCCAAAGACAUUUCCUAAGUGUUCUCCUGUUUGCUGUGGCAGAUCCCCGGGUGUGCUGCACUGUCUUGUUAACUGGUGUGAAGAGCUAUAUUUAUCUGAAAUGUUCUCGUAGAUGAACUAAAUGAAAAGAAAGUAAUAAAUGGCUUUUCAGUGGAGAGCUGCCUGUGUCCUCAUCGCUUAAGCGCAGUGAUUUUCUUAUUCUAUUAAUUAAGGUAUGGGUUUCCUUUACUUUCUGAGGAGGGAAAAAACAACUGUCAUAACUAAUCUUUGCACUAUACAAGUGCAAAAAAAAAAAAAGAACUGUAUCAUUAGUAGUAGUA